UGGCAAGCGCCGGAAAAAACUUCCGGCAUUUGCGUCGCCUCGCGGUCAGAUUUUUGGCAGAUCUGACGUGCGUUGAUAGACUUGUAUUCGUGACCAUUGUCUGCGGCCGCGGAUGGCGAGAGACAUGAUAGGGCCGGCGCUGCCGCCUGGCUUCAAGAACCGCGAGACAGCAGAGGAGGAGGAGCGGGAGCCGAGCCCCGUUGCAGGACCUGCUCUGCCCCCUAAUUAUAAAAGCAGUAGUUCUGAUUCAUCAGACAGUGAUGAAGACAGUAGUUCUUUGUAUGAAGAAGGAAAUCAAGAAUCUGAAGAAGAUGACACUGGUCCACCUACAAGAAAGCAGAGGAGAAAUCAGGAUGAUGAUGAUGAUGAUGAUGAUGAUGAUGAUGAUGAUGAUGAUGAUGAUGGGUUUUUUGGACCUGCCCUUCCUCCUGGAUUUAAAAAGCAGGAUGAUUCUCCUCCAAGGCCUCUAAUAGGUCCUGCAUUGCCCCCUGGUUUCAUUAAAUCUACACAGAAAAGUGACAAAGGCAGAGAUGAUCCAGGACAAGUAUCAUCAUACUGCAACUCUCAGGAAACAGAUAACAGUGAAGAUGAGGAUAUUGUUGGACCAAUGCCUGCAAAGGGACCUGUUAACUAUAGUGUAACGACAGAGUUUGAAAAAAGGGCCCAGAGAAUGAAAGACAAACUAACUAAAGGAGAUGAUGAUUCAUCUAAACCAAUUACAAGAGAAUCAUGGAUGACUGAGCUUCCUCCAGAAAUGAAAGACUUUGGCCUUGGGCCGAGAACCUUUAAAAGAAGAGCUGAUGACAAAUCCGAAGAUCGAUCAGUCUGGACAGAUACUCCAGCUGACCGGGAAAGGAAAGCUAAGGAAACACAAGAAACAAAGAAGUCACUCAAUAAGAAGGAUGAGGAAUAUAUAUUUUCAGGAAGAGAUAAGAGAUUGGCUGAGCAGGUAUCCUUAUACAAUGAAUCAAAAAGAUCAGAAUCUCUUAUGGACAUUCAUCAUAAAAAAUUAAAGAGUAAGGCCACUGAAGAUAAAAAUAAGCCCCAAGAGAGAAUACCAUUUGACCGUGAUAAGGAUCUGAAGGUUAAUCGAUUUGAUGAUGCUCAGAAAAAAGCCCUAAUAAAGAAAUCUAGAGAACUGAACACCAGAUUUUCACAUGGCAAAGGCAAUAUGUUUUUAUAACUGGUGCCUGGACCACAAAAGGCUCUUCUCUGACUGUUAUUGUCUAACAGCAAAGUUGCCUAAGGAAAUAGAAUCAAAUAAAACUUCAGUGUUCUAACAAGACAGCUUCAUGGGUAGACAACACUGAAGAUAAGAAGAAUGUGUGGAAUGCGUGCCAGCCCAUAAUGAAGAAAUGACCUGAAGAGGGAAAAGACAGCUGCAGAAAGGGUCUCACUAUGCAGCUCAAACUGCCUAAAACUUACUGCAUAGCCAGGCAGGCCUCAAAUUCACAGUCCUCCUGCCUCAACCUCUUGAGUGCUGGGAUUUCAGUUUUGGAGGCUGAGAAAUCCAAAAUCAAGAGGUCAGCAAAUGCAGUCACCAUCUUCUCAUGUGUUCCACCUGGUGCAGAGCAGAGAGAAAGAAAAUGGAAUGCUGCUCAGUAGUGGAGAUGUGUGUAAGAAAAUGAAGACCAAACAUGAAAGAAGACACAUCUCACCAAGAGAAGUGAUUUACAAUCAAGGGAGCAUAGUGCACUAUAAAUUGUGACAGCAGGAUAGAAAUAAAAACGUAAGGGUUUGUUAUAAGGAAUGUAGCAAAGAAACUGAAGCAUAGGCCUGGGAAGGUUCUGAGACUCUUCAUCUUUCAUCUCUACUCCUCCAUAUGGAUUGGUUGUCCUGUCCUGUUUCCAUGGACUUCUUCCUCUCCAUCCUCUACAGAUUCAUAGUGAAGACAGCUGCCUUACAGUUCUUAUAUUUAAUCGCCCUCCUCACCACCUGCGGAACAGAAGACAAAUGAUGCACCUUCACUCCAGCAUACUUAGAGGCAUUAUGAAUAAAGAGUCUACUAAGAAGGUUUAUCACGCCUCCCAGAAAAGUCAGCACACUACAAAUGCAGUGCAGUUUAUGGACUAUGAAUAGGAAACACUCUGAAAUUAAGUGAUAUAAACAAGCCAUACUUUAAACAAGAUGCUCUAAGCAUGCUAUACUAAAUGUAUACCAGUAUUUAUACUGAUCCAUUUAUUAACAUCCUGUGUGCUCAUCUUUCCACACUUACAUAAUUUACCAACAUUUGGUUUCAGUGAGGUCGCACAGUCCAUUAACUAUAUUUCUCAUUACUUUUCAUCAGCCAAUAAUAUUACCAUAGUCGUAAUACUUCCUGUACAUAGGUGAACUUUUCUUACAGCCCAUUUCUAUUUAAAGUUAUAACCACAACAAUUCAUGUGCAGACAGUUGUUGGAGCAGAAUUUCAUUUAAUUAUGUAAUUCUAAGUAGCUGAAGUAUAGUCAAGGUUCAUAAAAGGGAAAAUAAUCAGAGCAAGAAUAACCCAUCAGUGGUGGGUGUAAGAAUAAGGCAAUUAAGAUACUUGGCCCCUUCUGUGUGUAGAAGGCUGGAACACAUCUCUUCAUUUCUCGUUCCCCUGGUAUUUCCUCCUGUCAUAGACAGAAGGGCAAUUUAUUUCCCCUUACAUGGUGAGAAAGGUGAAGAAAUAAAGAAUGCAAAGGGCUGGGGAUUUAGCUCAGUGGUGCCGCUGCCUGCCUCGAAAGCACAGGGUCCUGAGUUUGAUCCCCAGUACCCCCCAAAAAGAAUGCAAUUUUAAAAUAGAUAUAAUAAAAGCCUUGCUACCUUCCUUGCUAAGGGUUAUGAAGUUCUGGUGAGGAACAUUUGAAAUUCCCUUGUAAACUGUAAAGGGAAAACCUUCUUCUGUGGCAGCCUUGCUUAAAAUCUGGCAGUGUCUUCCCUAGGACUUCAGGAUGAAGUUCAGAAUCUGUGUAUGCCUCAGUGAUCCUCCCUGACCUCAGCUCACACCUGCAGACAUCUCCUAUCUCUCAGUCACCUCCAGUGUUCCACAUACAUGACAAGCUUCCAUUCAUGCUCAUCCUUCUCUUUGUACCCUUACUUCUCUGUCCCUUACAUCUGUGUAGGUAUUCCUCCUCCAUGUCCCCUUCGAAACACAUGCUUUCUCUCAAGCAACACUUCCCAGCAGCAGCACCGUGGGCAUUCUGGACAGGACAGGAUUUUUUUUUUAAUUGAGGAGGGUUGGCAGGGCACUAUAGAGUGUUUAGCAGCAUCAGUGACCUCUAUCCACUAGAUGCCAGUAGCAGGCCCCUCAUUUUGACAACCACUUUCCCCAGAAACAAAUUGCAUUUGCUGAGAACCACUGCUCUAAGGUACAGCUUAUACUGGAACCAGUUGUAGUCUAACUAUAGCCAGAUGCUCACAAAAUGUACACACAAAUAAAAAUGCAGCUUUCUUUGUUAGUAGAGGACUGAUCUUGCUUUCAAGCCACCAAGCCACCAUCACACUGGUGAGAGAAAAUAUUUGAUCUGGCUAAUUGAAAGUAUCCUAUUCUUUUCUGGUUUAAAACCUUUUAUUGCAUGAAAAGUGAAGCAUUCCCCUCUGAAGUUUGAUUUCAUGUUUACUCAUAAACAGCAGCUGCUCUCAAAAGUUGUUCACUUAAUCCCUGGUACCAAAAAAAAAAAUUGUUCACUUUUCCUUGGCCUGGUGGCACAUGCCUGUAAUCCCAGCACUUAGAAGGCUGAAGCAGGAGGAUUGCUGUAAAUUCAAGGCCAGUCUGAACUACAUAGUGAGACCCUGUCUCAAAAAACAAACAAACAAAAGUUGUCCACUUCUGAGUAAUUGUGAGUUUGCCUCAGAGCACACAAAUGCUCUAAAGGGCUUUUUGUUUUAUGUCGUAGGAGAAGUGGGCAGAAUGAGCUGGAUGCUCAGAAGUUUGCAAGUUAAGCCAUGGAGCAGAAGCAGGGAGGGGACACUACAUCUGGUCUUCUCUCUGCCUAGAUCUAUUUCCAACUUAAAGUCUAAGCAGGGUGUUUUCAUUCAGCACCUUUCAAAGGACACUUGGAGUUUACCUAGCAUUUCCCCAGAGAUGACAGGAACAAAAUCCUACACGUCAAGAUCUCCCCAGAACUUUCCAGGUUAUUGAAGGUCUCUCUCCCUCCCUCAACUCUGGAAUGGAAGAAUGUGGAGGUAAACAAGCCCAGGUGGGUUGCCCCCUCCACCUUUCUCUGCCUCUCUUCUUUGAACCAAACAGGCUUUGUUUCCCCUUCUCUCCUUUCCCAGGAGGGAUUGCUCUAAUGUCAUAGCCUCUUCCUUCCCCAAAUGGCAUGUUCUGUUACCCUUUUCUGUAACCACAAAGGCAGAAAGAACCAAGCUCACUGAUGAGGGGGUAAUUCAAACUCCUUCAGUUAGCAUAUCUGUCUGAAAAUAUAUAGUCAUCUAUGUCCUCAUUUGUGUCCCUAGAAGGGCAGGAUUGUGCUUGCCUCACGGACUGUUAUAUCCCCACUACUUGGCAUGAUGCUGCUAUCAUAAGUUAACGAGAAUGCAGCAAGCUUGGAAUAACAAAAAUGUAUUAUCUCGUAGUUCCCAUGGAUUAGGAGUCAGGCAUGGCAUAACUUGGUCAUCUUCUUAGGUGACCUGUAUUCAAGAUGUCAACCACCAAGAGACAGGAUCUCAUCCGAGGCUCAAGGACUUUAUAUGGUUGUUGGCAGAAUCCAUUUCCCUGCCACUAUAGAGCAAUAGUGACUUGCUGCAAAGCAAGCAAGAGGCUCUUUCUGACACUUUCAGAGCUUUCAUUUGAUUUAGACUCAUCCAAGAUAAUUGCCCUUUUGAUUAGCUCAAAAUCAACUGAUUUGCAAAGCUUUUAACCUUUGCCAUAAAGCCCAAUCCAAUCACAGGUGCAGCAUUCAUCAUAUUUUCAGGUCCUGCCCACAGUGGAAGGAAACACAAAGAAUGAGUCAUUGAGAAUCAUCUUAGGACUCUGCCUGCUAUGGUACCUCAAAGGUUUGUUGAAUGAAUAAAUGAAAACAAGAAGAAAGAUAUGUACCCCAUUUGUCCUUACAAUAAUUCCAGGAUGUAGGCAGUAUCACAAAGGAUUUGCCUUUAUUCAAAGAGGUAGAAAUUGCAAGAUAGGCUGAAGACUAAGGUCUGUUUGAGUCCUCAGAAAAAUAUUCCCCUCAAACCUCAGCUGUGGUAUGCUGUGUGUGACCAGUGCCUUUCACACAAACAGGUUCAGCCCUUCUGCUCCCACUCUCAGGUUAGAGCCAGCCAUGAGGUGGAGCCACAGGCCCAUGAGUGCUUUCACUGUUCAUCCUCCCAAACACUGGGUCACCCACAGAAUGCAGAGGCCAGUCCUUGGAACUAGGGCUUCUGGGCACAAAGGAGAGCAAGGAUCAGCUUGCUCCUACCUAUAGGUUUUGCUCACAGCCCAACCCUAGAAAAAUUGGCACCUGCAGUAGAUACAGAGGGGAAUCUAGGGAGCCAUUUCUUUUUUUUUUUUUCCCUCCUUCCUCCUCUUAAGGGUAAGUUGGGCUCUGUGCUCUGGUGGGAAUAGGAUGUAGACAAGUUUCCAGACACAGAAAGGCAAGAAUCCUGGGCACCCCAGGGAGAGGUUAUUGGGUCAGUUUGGACAGCAAUGAUAGUGGGUUGUCAGUGGUGGUGGUACUGUGGUGGCUUUGUUUUGUUUUGUUUUUGUUUGUUUUGUACUAGAGAUUGAACCCUGGCCUCUGAACUGAGCUACACCCCAAUCUCUAUUUAUUUAUUUAUUUAUUUAUUUAUUUAUUUAUUUAUUUAUUUAUUUAUUGUUUUACUUUGAGAUAAGGUCUCUAAGUUGCACAGGCUGGGCUCAAACUUUCAAUCCUCCUGGCUCACCUUCAUAGAGAGCUGAGAUUACACCUGGCUCUUGGUGAUAGUGUUUCAUAUAUGUUAAAAGCAAAAGAAUUUGUAGAAGAAGAGUAACUUCUUCUUCUAUCUGUCUCUGAACCACUCCUGCUUGUGUCUCUUUGACUGUGCACCACAUAUUCUAUCACCUCUAUGUGUCUUCCCAUGGCCUCUUUUGCCUCCCUUCCCUUAAUUUUUCCUGGUUGUUUAUGAUCUUUAACAUGCAAUACUCUUUUUGUCUGCCUUUGUGAUGAUACAUUUACAUUUUUAUCACCUCCAGAUUCCAUAUUAAAGUCUCCCCCCAUCGUAAUAUAAUAUGCAUGAUGUCAAUCAUAUCUCUCCACAAUCUCACAGCAUGCCAGGCACAAAUCCAAGGCAGAUGAUAUUUGUUUGUAUAUUUUCAUAAGCCAUGUUAGGUUUUAAUUGCAAUGAAGCAAUAAAACAAAGAUAUGAAUACAUUAA